AUGGCUCGUUGUGAUCAUCACCAAAGAAGUGAGAAAAAAAAACAGAUACCUAACAACAGCUUCACGCAUGCAAUGAAGCUAAGGUCAAAACUGACCAAAGAAAGAAAAAGAAGAGAAAAGGCGGAGGAGGAGUUAAAAAAAGAACGAGAAAGGAGGGAGCGGGCGGAAGUAAUAGCAGAGGGAAUUAAAGAGGCAUACAAUAAUCUAUUUAGAGAUUAUGAAAGAUGUAAGGAUGCAUUGGCGGACUGGGAAAGGAGGUUUACAACAGAGGUGAUGAAAAAUCAGUGGUGA